AUGGCCACCCUGAUUGAAUCCAAUUCCUCUGUUUUGGUUAGUGGUUUGGGCCCCAUUCUGCCCCUCAACAGCUUUGGGAACGUGCUGCUGUUCCUCUUCAAUAUCCUCCUGGCUACGGCCAUAAUUUUCCUCAACGUGUCUGUUUUUGUGUCCAUCCUACUGAACAAGUCACUGCGUGGUGAGAACCGCUUCAUGUACAUGCUGAGCACGUGCCUGAGCGACAUGUGCUCAGGAGUUUCGUACUACUACUGCGGUGCACUGGACGUGCGUGACAGCUACGACUCUCCCACGCGUACUUACUACAUCGCCCCCACUUUUCUAGGUCUGUCCUACAUGGCCAUUUUAGCAGCUCAGGCAGAUCGCUACCAUGCCGUUUCUGCACCAUUCAAGUAUUCACAGCGCAUGACGCGCAGCAGGACACUGGUAGUAAUUGCAGUCUACUGGGUGUACGCGUUCAUCAUCGUGGCUGUCAAUAACCUUGUGACGAUGGGGAUCGCCAAGCAGGUCACAGGCUUCGGCACUUUUGUGAGCAACAUUUUCACCGUGAUCAUCAUGAUUGGGCUAAAUGUGCGCCUGUUCCUGAUUGCCAGGUAUCAGCUGGAGCGUGAGCCGCCCAGCAUAGAGCGGGAAAACAAGCGCACAUCCAUCUAUCUCAUAGUGGUUGUGGCCUUGUGCUUUCUUAUAUGUUGGCUGCCAAUAUUCUUGCACAUUAUCGUGUGUAAUUUCUCGGGCAAACCGUGCUAUUCGUUCCACAAUGAGGGCUCGGACCCUCUGCGCAUCAUGCCACGUGUAAACGCUGCUCUCACGCCUGUGCUGUACAUCAGAGGCUGUGCAGGACUCCGAGCCACACUGCUCACCAAAGUGUGGAGAGUGUGCUACAGGCAUGUUGGGUAA